CCGCUUGGCGUCCCCGAGUCUCCUUUCUGGUUGGGAUUUGGAAAAUGCCUGGAAGCAUGAAUCUUGGAUGAUCUUAGGGCUCAGGUUUCUUUGUGAAACUGUCCAGUAGAGAAAGUUCUUGGGACAAACUUCAUUUGAUCUCAGCAUAAGCAAAGAAAGAACCUGAUCAGACACUGAAGAAAGGACGAGGAUCUCUCCUCUUAAUCUGGGCCUCCUGUCAUGGAUGAAGAGACUCGGCACAGCCUUGAGUGCAUUCAGGCCAAUCAGAUCUUCCCUAGGAAGCAGUUGAUCCGAGAGGAUGAGAAUCUUCAGGUUCCUUUCCUUGAACUUCAUGGAGAGAGCACAGAAUAUGUGGGUCGAGCUGAGGAUGCUGUCAUUGCCCUUUCUAAUUAUAGACUUCACAUCAAGUUCAAGGAGUCUCUUGUUAACGUUCCAUUACAGCUUAUAGAAAGUGUUGAAUGCCGAGAUAUAUUUCAACUUCAUUUGACUUGCAAGGACUGCAAAGUUAUCAGGUGUCAGUUCUCAACAUUUGAACAGUGUCAGGAGUGGCUGAAGAGACUGAAUAAUGCAAUCCGACCACCUGCUAAAAUAGAAGAUCUCUUCUCGUUUGCAUACCAUGCUUGGUGCAUGGAGGUCUAUGCCAGUGAAAAAGAACAACAUGGAGACCUGUGCAGACCAGGGGAACAUGUAACGUCAAGGUUUAAAAACGAAGUGGAGCGGAUGGGUUUUGAUAUGAACAAUGCCUGGAGGAUUUCCAACAUCAAUGAGAAGUACAAAUUAUGUGGUAGCUACCCGCAAGAGCUCAUAGUGCCUGCCUGGAUCACUGACAAAGAGCUAGAAAGUGUAGCAAGCUUCAGGUCCUGGAAGCGCAUCCCUGCCGUCAUCUACAGGCACCAGAGUAACGGAGCUGUCAUUGCCCGCUGUGGACAGCCAGAAGUCAGCUGGUGGGGCUGGCGAAACGCAGACGAUGAGCACCUGGUGCAGUCAGUAGCCAAAGCUUGUGCCUCUGACUCCCGAUCAAGCAGCAGCAAGCUGUCAGCUAGGAACAGUUCCCGAGACUUUCCCAACGGGGGAGACCUUUCUGAUGUGGAGUUUGAUUCUUCUCUGUCAAAUGCUUCAGGAGCAGAGAGUUUAGCCAUUCAGCCACAGAAGCUUUUGAUCUUGGAUGCGCGUUCUUAUGCAGCAGCUGUGGCAAACCGAGCCAAAGGAGGAGGCUGCGAAUGCCCAGAGUAUUACCCAAACUGUGAAGUUGUGUUUAUGGGGAUGGCAAACAUUCAUUCUAUUCGGAGGAGUUUUCAGUCCCUGCGGUUGCUGUGCACACAGAUGCCAGAUCCGGGAAAUUGGUUGUCAGCUCUUGAAAGCACCAAAUGGCUCCACCACCUGUCUGUGCUGUUGAAAUCGGCGCUGCUGGUUGUGCACGCUGUGGAUCGGGAUCAGCGGCCGGUGCUAGUACACUGCUCGGAUGGCUGGGACCGCACCCCCCAGAUUGUGGCACUGGCUAAGCUCCUACUGGACCCUUACUACCGAACCAUAGAGGGUUUCCAGGUCCUCGUGGAGAUGGAGUGGCUGGACUUUGGCCAUAAAUUUGCUGACCGGUGUGGUCAUGGGGAGAACUCAGACGAUCUGAAUGAGCGUUGCCCAGUGUUUCUGCAAUGGCUUGACUGUGUUCAUCAGCUUCAGAGGCAAUUUCCUUGCUCUUUUGAGUUCAAUGAAGCAUUCCUUGUGAAACUGGUGCAGCAUACCUACUCCUGCCUCUUUGGAACAUUCCUGUGCAACAAUGCCAAGGAGAGAGGGGAAAAGCACACUCAGGAGCGGACAUGUUCUGUGUGGUCACUUCUUCGGGCAGGCAACAAGUCUUUCAAAAACCUACUGUAUUCCUCUCAGUCAGAAGCCGUGCUGUACCCUGUGUGCCAUGUACGUAACCUGAUGCUGUGGAGUGCAGUCUACCUGCCCUGCCCAUCUCCGUCUACCCCAGUGGACGACAGCUGUGCGCCAUACCCAGCCCCAGGCACCAGCCCCGAUGACUCCCCUCUGAGCCGGCUACCAAAGACUAGAUCAUUUGACAAUCUGACCACAGCCUGCGACAACACAGUGCCUCUGGCCAGCCGGCGCAGUAGCGACCCCAGCCUGAAUGAGAAAUGGCAGGAGCAUCGGCGCUCACUAGAACUGAGCAGCCUGGCUAGCCCUGGAGAGGAGCUUGCUGCAGACAACCCAGGGAAGCCCACCAAAGUACCGGCAGGCGCCGAGCUGUCUGUUGCCGCUGGAGUGGCUGAGGGGCAGAUGGAGAACAUUUUGCAAGAGGCCACCAAAGAGGAGAGUGGGGUGGAGGAGCCUGCCCACAGGGGGAGCCUUGAGAUGCAAGAGAUCAAAGAGGAGACAGUCGUAGAAAAGGAGAGCAAGAGGAAGACACCCGAGGGCUCAGCCCUUGUCCUUUACCAAGAACCAGAACUGGGUGAUCCUACUCUGCAGAAUCAUCCAGGCGUGAACCUGUCUCUGUUCUCACAGGAUAUUCCUGAGCAGGCCUCCCCCAGUGGAGAGGAUGCCCAGGAGGCCCCUGUGGAGGAGCCUCGAAUAGGAGAUGCUGUAGACGAUAGAGAGGAAGCACUUCUUCCAGCCCCUGUGGAUGCAAAUGUUGGCUAUGGUACCUCACAAUCAAGUUCUCUGCUACCUUCCCAAGUCCCACUUGAGACCAGAGGACCAAAUGUGGACAGUUCCAUGGACAUGUUAAUGGAUGAUAAGGUGAAGUCAGAAAGUGGGCACCCAGGCCAUCACAGACCUUGUCCAGUUAACAGUGACAGGUUCAGUGGCAAAGACAUGCUUACCCAAGCCAUGGAGCCCAGGCCUUUGGAGAGGAGCCCAGUUGAGAGGCCCCAAGUGGUGUCUGUGGUACACAGGACUUCCCCUGGCAGCACUCUCAGCCUGACACGUUUCCCUUGUGCCUUGCCUUUAGCCGAAUGUAAAGAGGGGCUUGUGUGCAACGGUACCCCAGAGACUGAAAACAAGGCCUCAGAGCAGCCCCCAGGGCUUAGCACCCUCCAGAAGUACCCCACACCCAACGGGCACUGCACCAAUGGGGAAGCCGGUAGGAGCAAGGACUCACUGAGCCGCCAGCUGUCUGCUACAAGUUGCAGCUCUGCCCACUUACACUCGAGGAACUUGCACAAGUGGCUGCACAGCCACUUGGGGAGACCCUCUGUAACUGGUAGCCCUGACCAGCCUUCCCGCAGCCACCUGGACGAUGAUGGCAUGCCUGUGUACACAGACACGAUCCAACAGCGCCUGCGUCAGAUUGAGUCAGGACACCUGCAGGAAGUGGAGACCUUGAAAAAACAAGUCCAGGAGCUGAAGAGUCGCCUAGAGAGCCAGUACUUGACCAGCUCCCUACGCUUCAAUGGGGACUUUGGGGAUGAAGUGACUUCAAUCCCCGACUCGGAAAGCAAUCUGGAUCAGAACUGUUUGUCUCGCUGCAGCACAGAGAUUUUCUCUGAAGCCAGCUGGGAGCAGGUGGAUAAACAGGACGCAGAGAUGACUCGUUGGCUCCCCGACCACUUGGCUGCCCACUGCUAUGCGUGUGACAGUGCCUUCUGGCUUGCCAGCAGGAAGCACCACUGCAGGGAAACUGACCGUGUUGAUCAAACGUGGAAUUGUGGGAAUGUAUUCUGCUCCAGUUGUUGUAACCAGAAGGUUCCAGUUCCCAGCCAGCAGCUCUUUGAACCCAGUCGAGUGUGCAAGUCUUGCUAUAGCAGUCUACAUCCCACGAGCUCAAGCAUUGACCUUGAACUGGAUAAGCCCAUUGCUGCCACUUCAAACUGAAGCUCAGUGACCUGGGGUGGGCAGAGGCCAAGCUGCUGUUCCUCUGACAGGCCCACGAAGCCUGGGCAGACUGAGAGGCCCGUGCACUUUGGAAUGGGGGCAUGGAACCACCUGUGCAGAGUGACAGAAAUUGGGGAUGUACCACUGGAUUGUACAUUGAUUUUUCUUUCCUAUUCUCCACUUCCCCUUUUCUAUCUUCCCUCUGCCUUCAAAAAAGGAAAAGUCCCCUGGUUGUCUUAAUUUUCUUUUUUUAAAUGGAAGACUAGAGGUCACCAGGCCCCUUGUAACUGCUGAGCCCCCUGCUGUAGGCAACACUGAAGGGUGGCUUGGUUCCCCAGAUGGGAGGAGGCCUGUCGGAGCCAGGAGUGGAGGCCUGAGACAGUGGGUGGGGAAGGAAGCCAGUGCUAACAAUCAUGACAAUUCUUCAUGCUACCGGCACAUCAGAGCUGGGCAGGAAACCUUCGCUGCUGGGGUGGCUGGAAGUACCUUCCCCAAGAGCACUGUCACGGGUGUCCUCACCCUCCCAGGGGGAGGUGCACAGUGAAUGGAACCUCUUGGGCCUCCUUGGGGGCAGGUGAGAGGGGCUGAAGCAUCAUCCCCCACAGGAUUCUGUUUCACAUUUGACUCUUAGUGUCAGGGGCUCCCUUCAGUAUCAGGGGGCUGCCUCCUGGGCCGGUCUGUGUAGCACUUCUCACCCUCAGGCAGAAGAGUGCAGACUCGCCAAGAUGCAGUCUCUUGCCUCUUGACCAAGGCCAAAGCCUGCCCUGAGCCUGGGCAUACCUGGGAGCCCCGUCCCUGGGACCUGGUCCCUCAAACAAUCUCUUUUCCUCUGCCAGCACAGGGAAACCAGACUCAGGGUUCCAGAAAUUCCCCAUUCCCAAACCAAACAAAUCAUGGAUCUCCCCUUAAGGGGUAGAAUCGGCCUUUAUAGUUACACGCCUCUGGGAAAGGAAGCCGGUCCCCAUACAAUCAUCCUUCUUCCCCCUUCCCCUCGGUAGCAGCCAGAAGAGCCCAGCAGUUGCCAGCCCUGCUUCUGGCUGCCUGGGCGGGCAUGUGUCUGGCUACUGGCCAGCAAUGACAGGCUACCUGGGGACUCUGCAAGGUUCCUUAGAGAAGUGACAGGACUGGAAGAUGUCUGGGACUCCUUUCCUUAGUGAGCUUUGAUGUGGUCCAAAAAGAGCCUUAAAUCGAGAAUAUUUGUGGUGGAGGUGGGCGUGGGGACGAGUAGAGCGGAGUUUGUGCUUUGUAAUCUUGGCGUCUGUGUCUUGUGCCUGCCCUCCCUCUCAGUGAAGGCCCAUGCUUGGCUCUGCUGAAAGCUGCUAACUGGUGACAGGGCAUGUUGGGGUGGAGAUAGGUCAGGCUAUGCUUUGGUUCGGACCCUCCCUGUACUCCCCUUCUCCUUUGGAAUCAGUUCCCUGGCCAAGGGCAAGUUGUGUCUCAGGUGGGUCCUGUGUGUGGCUGUGUGUGGCUGAGGCACAGCCUUCCCUGGGGCUGCUGGCCCAGGCACAGCCCAGAGUGUCUGAGCACAUCUCUGACUUCAGCAACGGCAGCAGCUACUCAGAGUGUGAGUUGGUGAAACAGGGUGUAGUUCUGUCCACACUCUGUGUGGUCUGGCCAUGCAGGUAGGGCAAAGUCAGUCUAAUCAAAGAUUGUGCAGUUCCUAGUGACAGGUGCCAAGAGGAUAUGAUACGGGUUUCUUGGGUCUGGUGUACAGUGUGAAUAAAUGCUUGCAGCUCUUAGCCCUUUUUUGAUCAACGAAGCACUUUUUUAUUAAUAUUUUCUUUGUAUGUAAAGGAGGAACCGUAACUCUCCGUAGCUGUAUAUAUAACCCUUUUCUCCUAAAGAGGAGUUGGUCAACGCUCCUAUAUUUUUCAUUUUUUGUCAAAGCAAGAAGUAAAUACUUUUAGAAUUGUUAAAUAUAUAAAUAAAGCGAAUAAAGUUGAGUGUUCCGCAUGGUA